AUUUAAUUAAUAUCGCGUAUUUUACAAAAAAAAGACGAAAUCGCCGCGGCCGCGAACGACCUGUGGAAGGAUUGCGUGUUCCUCGACGAGUCCUCUUUCGUUUUUCUCUAUCUCUCGUCCUCUCCGUCUAACGUUCGCGCAAUUCGGAGAUAACGGUUCCACGAGCUGUCGUCAAAGUGGGCCGUGUGUGUUUUGACAGCUCCGACCAGCGUUGACGAUUACUUCGCUCUGUUAGCCACGCUCUCUCUUUCGCGUUUCUUUUCCCACGUAUCUGAUGCAGGAGAGACGCAUGUAUGCAUUUCAAUAAACAGCGAGGCCAAUGCCAGGCGUAUCGCGAUGGUCGAAAACUGCUUCGGCAGUUCGGGUCAGCCACUCGCGGUACCUGGCCGAGUUUUGGUGGGAGAAGGUGUCCUGACGAAAAUGUGCAGGAAGAAGCCCAAACCCAGACAAUUUUUUCUGUUCAACGACAUACUGGUCUAUGGAAAUAUCGUGAUUAAUAAAAAAAAAUAUAACAAGCAACAUAUAAUACCAUUGGAGGAGGUAAAAUUAGAGUCUUUAGCUGAUGAGGGUCAAUAUCGUAAUGGGUGGCUCAUUAAAACAGUAACAAAGUCAUUUGCUGUUUAUGCUGCUACUGCAACAGAGAAGCAAGAAUGGAUGGCACAUAUCACAAAAUGUAUUGAAGAUUUAUUAAGAAAAAGCGGCAAAAAGCCUGUCGAGAUUCACGCAGCAGUCUGGGUACCAGAUAAUGAAGCUACAAUUUGCAUGCACUGCAAUAAGACACAGUUUACAGUAUUAAAUAGACGGCAUCACUGUAGGCAAUGCGGAGCAGUAGUUUGCGGUCCCUGCAGUAAUAAAAAAUUAUUAUUACCUGGACAGGGGAACGGGAAGGCCGUCAGAGUUUGUUUACAAUGUUACGAUGCCGCUAGUAAAAUCAAAGCUAUACCCACAACUGCUGUGAAUAGCUUAAAUAACAAAGAUCAGCAACGUAAUUCUGCCGAUAGUUCAGGAGGAGAUAGUUCUGGAGACGACGAUGAGGGAAAUAAGGAAGAGAAUCAUGAUGAGCCUAAAUUUUAUUCAACGCUUGGGCGAUGAAGAUGAUGUACAUCACACCAAACAAUAUCACAGAAAAAUAUAAAAAUUUUACAAAAAUAUAUUUUUUAAAAAAGCUGAUGUUAUUAAACUAUUAUAUAGUUCAAAAAAAAGAAAAAAAAAGAAUCAAGGGAAAAGAUAAUCAUUCUUUAUAAUUUUUAU